GGCCGUAAAUGGAGCCUCCAUAGCCCCUCUUUCUUCCCUCUCUGAUCAAGAACCAUCCUAUAGAGGAGGGAGACGCAAUCUCCUCCAUCGCGGAGUCCGUGGAAGGCCCGAUGGCGGCGGAGGAGGACGUCCGCCUAGAGGUGGAGGCCGUCCAGGCCGUCUAUGGCGCCGAUUGCAUCGUGAUCCGGGACUUCCCGCCCCAUGUUUCCGUCCACAUCAGGCCUCGUACCGCCGAAGAUUCGUCGCAGCAGUUUGUGGAAGUCAUCCUUGGUAUAAAAGCAUCUAAUCGGUAUCCAAGCACACCUCCUCGUGUGUACAUUGUGGAAGCGAAGGGCCUUGAUGAAAGUCGACAAACAUAUCUAAUUACUAUCAUACAGAGUAAAGCAUUGGAGUUAUCUUCUUGCUUGAUGCUUGUAGCCCUUUGUGAGGAAGCAGUGGAGGUUCUUUCUAAUAUGAACCAUCCUGAAGGAAACUGCCCUUUGUGUUUGUAUCCUUUGGUUGCCAAAGAUAAGACUGGCUCUUCUUUGCCAUUUAUGAAGUUGAUGUCUUGCUAUCACUGCUUUCAUAGUGAAUGCAUUAUCAGGUUUUGGAAAUGGGUACAGGAGGAGAGAGAAUCCAAAGCAACUGAGACAGCCACAGCUACCAAUCUUGAAAGCACAAGAGAUCAGCAAAAAGGAAAUUGUCCUGUUUGUCGCAAGGUGUUCGAUGAGAAAGAUAUUGAGCAUGCUCACGAGUAUCUGGAACCAGAUACAUCUUGCAUGGCUUCUCCAUUAUAUGGCGAAUCUUUUAGCUUAGUCCUGGGAUUCGAUUAGUGAUGGUGUUUGAUUAAUCAAUGGCUACUAGUUACAGGUUUCUUAUAGGAAAGAUAUGUCAGAACAACACUCUCUCUUAGGGAAGUGCAUCAGUUUGGUCUUAACUUGAAGUCAAAUAAAGAAAUGGCGUGCAUCUAUGAGCUCAACAUGAUACUUGGUUGAGUUCGGUUAAGAACCAUCAGGCAUGAACAAGUCAAUGCAUGUUCAUGCUUUUCGAAUUUAUCUCUCUUUGCUUCACCUAAUGAUUUCUGUCAUAAUUUGUCUUGGCACAAAUUAUAGGGGUUAAGGUCCUUUUUUUGUUAUAAGAAAGUAUAUUUUACAUGCAAUCUAUAUUAUAUGUGUGUUUUGAUGAUGGCGUUGGUUGUGAAGCUUGGCAUAAAGCAGACAGGUUGUUGAUGGUAUGCCCUAGUUUGAUGAGGGAGGAGUAAUGGAGAUUUACAUCACAAUGAACUUGGCUGUGUGUGUGUGUGUGUGAGAGAGAGAGAGAGAGAGAGAGAGAGAGUUGGCGAGGUUGCUACACAAGAAAGAAGCAUAGAUGUGCUGGUGGCAGUUCUUUAAGGAUGGAGGUUGUAGGAGAGGGGUGGCGGCGGUGGAUCUUCCUUCUCAUGUUACUAGUGUAAAGUUGCUGUGAAAUCUGAAGAGAAAGUGUCAUACGAGGACCCCCUCCCCUUUCUCUUUCUCUCUGUCCUCUUGUAUGUGACUGAAAACAUUUUUGAGUAACUCUGUUGCCAUUGACAAGAAGCCACUUAGAUAACUUUUGGUUUGCAGGGUCUUUCAGGAAUAGACGAGGGAGAAGAUGACGAGCUGCUACUUUCAAAGUCGGAGAAAAACAGAAGGCAGCAUUUUGAGGCCCUCUUGAAGUUGCAGCAGGACAACAAUGGCUUAAUUGAACCCAGGAAAGAUCUCGCCAUACUACCUGGAAUGUUUCUUCCUGAGCCCAUCAACCCGCCCACUGUAUCCUCAGCAACCAGCAGCGAGUCUGUGAUUCCGCCUACUACAUCUGCAGGAACCAGUGAAAACGAUGCUGACCAAGCUGUUUCACGCCAUGCUUCCGAGGAAACAAAUGCAAGCAACUCCACGAACAAGGCCACCAUGAGCAACAACAGGAAGAACAACAUGAGAAGAAAGGGUAGAGCCCACACUCCAAGAGUACAACAACAUGGGCAGUCCACUAGAAAACAGUGGAUUAGGAAGGAACCGAAUACUUCACACCAAUAACACACACUCAAAAUGUUAAUUUUCUUUUCCUUUUCCUGUGAUCACUCCCCACAUCAGCAAUUUUCAUUAUUGUUGUGCGAGAAAGAGGAGAGCUGCUGUUUUCUACAUUCAUAACUGCCCACAAAGCUGCUUUGCUACGGUGAACCCUUUUCCGAAUGA